AAUCACCCCGCCCCUGGCUUCCAUUUCUGAACUGAGGGACACCGCGCUCGCGUAGAAGAUCCUCGCAUUUACACACAUUUUCUCAUGUAAAUAAAGUAGGUUCUGUUGGUGUAAAUUAGCAACAGAUACCCGAGAGCGUUUUAAAUUGUACUACUUUCUCGGCUUGGAUUCCAGUUUGAAUAGUGGCUUUAACCGAAGCUGGCCUUUUAUUUCCCGUUUUAACUUUCCUUAAGCGGCGUUUUCCGCCGUUUUUUUUCUUUCGUUUCGCCCCACUCACUCUCCCCCUUGUGUGAGUAGGGGCCUGUAACGUUGGUUUAGCCACGAGGCGCGUCGGUACAGCCAGAAUUGGGCUAUGGCGGAGUUCGGGAACGGACUGGCGGAGGAAUCCCUUUUGGACUCUGAUCCUGGUCACCCAGAGUUGGAAGACACAGGAGUUGGCGACGAGGAGCCGGGGUUAGAAGAGGGAGAGGCCGCUAUCGAGGACCCGGAGCUGGAGGCAAUCAAAGCCCGGGUGCGAGAGAUGGAGGAGGAAGCUGAGAAGCUGAAGGAGUUACAGAACGAGGUGGAGAAACAGAUGAACCUCAGCCCCCCACCUGCUGGUCCUGUCAUAAUGUCCAUAGAGGAGAAGAUGGAAGCUGAUGGGCGCUCGAUCUACGUAGGAAACGUGGACUAUGGGGCCACAGCAGAGGAACUGGAGGCUCACUUCCAUGGCUGCGGCUCUGUCAACAGAGUCACCAUCCUGUGUGACAAGUUCACAGGGCAUCCCAAAGGGUUUGCGUAUAUAGAGUUUGCAGACAAGGAGUCUGUAAGGACAGCCAUGGCCUUGGACGAGUCUCUGUUUCGAGGAAGACAGAUAAAGGUGGGCGCCAAGAGGACGAACCGGCCCGGCAUCAGCACCACAGACCGAGGGUUCCCACGGGCCCGCUUCCGCUCACGAGGGGGAAACUUCUCAUCGUCGCGCGCACGCUACUACAGCGGUUACACACCGCCCAGAGGCAGAGGACGGGCGUUCAGGUUUCAGGACCAGUGGAGGCUGUCCACCCCUCCUCCCGUGGCAGCGCCCCCUACAGUCUCAGCGGCGUCUCUCUCUCUCUCUGCCCCCGCUAUGCACACUCACCCCAUCCUGUCUGUGUGGGGGGGUGGGGGCGGGGGGCAGGGCGACCACAGACCCACCGCAGGGGGCAUUUACUACAACAACAAGCGUUGAGGCUUCCUUUAACUCACUCGCAGGCACGCAGGCACGCAAACACACACAUACCACACUAGACCCAGACACACACACACACACUUCAGACAACCUACCCAGUACACAUAUUUAUAUGUAGAGAGAGCUGAAGACAGAUAGCAGAGUGGUGAGCGUGGCAGGACCCGGGGGGGGGGGAGGGAGAGGCCUGUUGUAGCUUCAUGUCUCUGAGGUCAGGGCAGUCACAGCUUGUCUUCAGGACCACCACGGGGCUAAAGGCAACAAUUAAUUUAAUAACUGAGGGCAUCAAACUUUUCUUUCAGAGGCCGGGGGGUUGUGUGGAGAGGUUUGGUGUUUUGAAACGGGGAGGGGGGAUUGGGUUUGAGGGAGAAAAAAAAAAGAAAAAAAUGUUUUGCUUUUUUUAUUUUUAACCCAUGAGUCUGUAAUUAGACAGAACUAAAAAAUAAAGACCAUUGUGUAAAAAUGAAA